AAUAAUCAGAAGAAGUAGAAGAAGACUUAAUGUGGCGAAAAUUUGUGUCACAGCCAUGUUGGAAAAGUAACGUACAUUUCUCUGUCUAUACCUCCAACAUAAUUGCCGUAGACUUUGGUGUGAUCUGUAUCGUGCUUCGCUGUGGACAACUGUAACGGAAGAGACUUUCCUGACUUCAUUAACAGCUUUCAAGAGUACAGUCAAAAGGGUAAUGACCACUCAGUACAGCAUACUUUUCAAACAGGAGCAUGCUCAUGAUGAUGCUAUAUGGACGGCUGCUUGGGGGAGAAGUCAAAGUGAUGGAUCCGAGACUAUAGUGACGGGGUCUUUGGAUGACAUGGUUAAAGUCUGGAAAUGGUCAGAUGAGAAACUUGAGCUCCAAUGGACUAUGGAGGGGCAUCAGCUGGGCGUGGUCUCGGUAGACAUCAGUCACAAUGGAGCCAUCGCUGCGUCCAGCUCAUUGGAUGCUCACAUUCGACUCUGGGAUUUGGAGACCGGAAAGCAGAUUAAGUCUAUGGAUGCCGGGCCAGUGGAUGCGUGGAGCGUGGCCUUCUCUCCUGACUCAAAGUACAUCGCCACAGGGAGCCAUCUGGGGAAGGUCAACAUCUUUGGUGUUGAAAGUGGAAAGAAAGAACACUCUUUAGACACCAGAGGGAAAUUUAUUUUAAGCAUAGCAUACAGCCCUGAUGGAAAGUACCUAGCGAGCGGAGCCAUAGAUGGAAUCAUUAACAUCUUUGAUAUUGCAACUGGAAAGCUACUCCACACGCUUGAAGGACAUGCCAUGCCUAUAAGAUCCCUGACAUUCUCACCAGACUCCCAGCUCCUAGUGACGGCCUCAGACGAUGGAUACAUUAAGAUUUACGACGUGCAGCACGCCAAUCUGGCAGGAACACUCAGUGGCCAUGCUUCUUGGGUCUUGAAUGUUGCAUUCUCCCCUGAUGACACGCACUUUGUAUCCAGUUCUUCUGACAAAAGUGUAAAAGUCUGGGAUGCCAGUUCCAGGAUGUGUGUGAACACAUUCUUUGAUCAUCAGGACCAAGUGUGGAGUGUUAAAUACAACGGCACAGGAUCCAAGAUCAUCUCCGCAGGGGACGACCGCGCCAUUCAUAUUUACGACUGUCCAGUCUGAUGCUCUCCUUUUACCUUCUGUCCCUGUCCUGCCGCUGUGGACGCCUUGUUUGCCUUGGAAAUGGCUUCCCCGUGCUUUGUCACCCUACCAAUGAGUCAGCAGAUCCUUAAGCCUUGGCAACCAAUGAGUCGGCAGAUCCUUAAGCCUUGGCGACUGACAGCAUUGAGCGUUUUAGCAGUUUUUCUUUGAUAAUUCCAAGCCAGUUAUUUCCACUUCUCAAAUGAACUUUUUCCUCUAAGUUCUCCUGGCAAAAAAUUAAAAAAAAUUCUGAAUAGCCUGACCUUUUAUGCCAGAGUUCAAUGUUUUUUUUGUGCUUCGUUUUUUUUUUUACAAAUUAAAUAUUCAAUUUGACCAUU